UUACAGAGAGUGGUGUCAGAUUAAGAGAGGAACGGUAGAAGCCAGAGACAAUAAAAAAAACCCAACCUCAAUCGACGCAUAUCGCAGCUCCUGCUGGUUUUCUCGCUUUUUAAUUCGAAUUACUUGAUCAGAAAUCGUUUUUUAAGCAUCGUCGGAUCAGGUCGCGUCUUUAAAGCGACUCUGAUCUGAUAUUAUUGCGGAUUUAUCGGAUUGUUGCAUUAGUAUAUCGGUUAAAAACAAGGGGAUGCUGCUGCAGAGGCGAAGACCAGCGCUGAAUUUAAACCGUUUUAUUUUUAGUUUACCUACAAGAAGCGGAUUUUUUAUACAAGCGAAUUCGAGCAGAAUAUUUUCGUUGCGACCGUGGAGUUUAGUUCGACAUUGAAUUUUAACAUCGUUUUUGUUGUUAUCCGUUUGAUCUGCAGCGAAUUGUUGUUUUAAUAACCUUUAUUUCCAUUUGGACAAGUGGAAUAAAACUGAAAAACAAAGCAAUGAAGCUCCUGGAGAACUCGAGUUUCGAAGCCCUGAGCUCUCGCCUGUGUGUUGAAACUGGAGACUCUCACAUCCUUGGCAGGAUUGAGAGUUACUCCUGUAAGAUGGCUGGUGAUGAUAAACACAUGUUUAAGCAGUUCUGCCAGGAGGGGGAGCCACACGUACUGGAGGCACUUUCACCCCCACAAUCCAGCAGCGCCCCCAGCCCCAACCUGCUGGGUAAGAGCGGGGAUGAGGGGGAGAAUCCUCUGAGUGAUAAGUGCUGCAGGAAGACUCUGUUCUACCUCAUCACCACCCUGAACGAGUCGUUCCGACCCGAUUACGACUUCAGCGCCGCCCGCGCCCACGAGUUCAGCCGCGAGCCCAGCCUCAACUGGGUGGCGAAUGCAGUGAACAGCAGCCUGUUCUCGGCUGUGGGGGAGGAGUUUAACUCUCUGGGGCCGGAGCUCUGGAACGCCAUCGACCAGGAGAUCAACCUGCAGGGCUGUGAUAUCUACAGCUACAACCCAGACCUGGACUCUGACCCGUUCGGAGAGGAGGGCAGCCUCUGGUCCUUCAACUACUUCUUCUACAACAAGAAGCUCAAACGCAUCGUAUUCUUCACCUGCCGCUCUGUGAGUGAUCUCAGCAGCUAUGGCCGCGGGCGUAUGGAUAACGAGCUGGAUAUGGAGCUGGAUGAUGAUGAGGAAGAAGAAGUGGAUGCCUUUAUGGAGGACAGGUUCCCCAGAGCUCUGUGUGUUUAAAUCCUGAACUUCAUCCAGCGAGACGCCACUGUUCCUCCAUCUCUGAUCCAGCAGCUCUGCUCCUCUCCUCCUUUCUUCUGUUUCUGGAUCUCAGCCGUCAGCUGUGAGGUUCUCAUCUAUAUCUGCACAUUUAAACGCCUACCAAAAAACAAAACCACAAAAAAAAACAAAGAAAAAAGACAAAGAAAGGAAAAAAACAACCACUUUUUAACUUUUAAAAAGGAUUUUACUGUGUAUGUUCUGUUUGGACGCGUUUGGAGAAUAUUUGUGGACAUUCUGGAGAAAAAUGCCACAGAUGAGGAUUGAGGAUUAAGGAUUAAGGACUAAACUCGAGGAUGAUCCUCUGAACGGAAAUUGAAGCGUCUUCGUUUGACUGUUCCCGAAUCCUGAUGAUGAUUAUGAUGAUGUCAGAACGAUAUUACAAGAUUUGACAGGAUUUUACGAGAUAUUACAGCACACACCAGCAGUUCAGUAAAUAUGGGCGGGGCUAAUUCGACUGUGUCCAGCUGUACACAGCUAACGAAGACUGUGAUUGGCCUCUUUUUCCAGUGCAGCAUUAUUACUGGCCUCUCGGACUGUGUUUGUAUCUUUGUGUUCACUUUGCCUUUUUAUAUUUUAACCGUGUGUUUCUAAUUUUUUGGAGAUUUUAUCUGUGAACGUGUUUCAUCGCACUGAAUCGAACCCCCUGCCCAGUGUGAGAGCGCUCAGUAGCUUCAGUACGUUAAAUAUUCGCUGCGUCGUUUACGUAUUGAAUCGUCGGGGGAGGUUCUUAUCGUGUGAACAGUGAUGUAGGGAAGGCAUGAAAUUUUUAGAAUCGAGUUUAGUUCAGUGGUUUAUGGUGUUUGGACUCUGAGGAACGAGCUGAACAGUUUUAAAGUGACUAGUUUGUUCCCAAAUCUUUCAAAAUUCAUGUUCAGUAUGUAGUUUUUACAGCAUCAGCACCUUUUUCCACUUUUGAUUUACACCUAAGGGUUAAGUAGUAUUAUAGACAGAAAAACAGGUAGAACAUGCUUAGAUUGGACCUUCUGAAUGUUCCUCAGCUGUGUAACUCUGAUACCUGUUUAAUAAUAUGUGGUGGGAUCUUCUUCUGUAGUUUUCAUUAAAAAGAGUCUUUAAUGUCUCUUAAUUUACAAAGUGGCUGUGUACCAGGGAAAGUGUUGACUGAUAGCUUUAUCACAAGUUUAUCGCAAGUUUUACAUUAUUAAACUCUAUUUGGAUGGGAUUAGAAAUCUCACGAUUAAUGACCUGAAAUGGGAGUAGCUGCUUGAUUUAUGCACUGCUGUCACCUCCAACAAUGUGUUGUGAGGUUCGAAUAACACAUUUAUAGUACUAGUGAAAUUGUAAGGGCAUUUUCACACCUGUAGUUUGUUUCUCUGGUCUGAAUUGGAUGAUAAGUUAAUGUACUUGCAGAGUUUCACCCUCAGUUAGAUUUUUUUCACACAGGCAAAAACCUAAAACCUAAAAGCAAAUGCAACAAAAAGGUUUUGUGUUCCAGCCCAGUGCAAAUAGCUGUGGUGUGUAAAGCUGCUUCAAUAUUCAAAUAGCGGAGAUGGGAGUAGCUACUUAAUUUACGAACUGCCAUCAACCCCAAAAAUGUUUGAUCAUCACAAAACACAUAUAUAUUACUAGUCAAAUUUUAGUCAUGCUAAACAACGACUUCUAUACCUAAAACUGCUAUGUAAAAAAUUGCACGCUUCUGAAAAGUCCAUAAUUCGCUAAUUUCUGGAAUUUAGUGUUGUUUUUUUUACUCGUUUAACUGAGAUAUCUGUGCCACAUAAAAUUAAACUAAACACCACCUGGAUCACCUACCCCCCUGAGAAAAACUGCCAAAAAGUCCUUUUCCACAACCUUUUGACAUAUUAACCCAUAUUUUAGUUGAUGCAUACAUUAUUAUAACAUGAGGAUAUAUAUUUUUUACGGCUCAUUUUACACAAAUACAUAAAAGUAGUUGUCAAAAUGACUGGUGUGAGUUUAGACUAAUCCCAUCCAAACAGGGCUUUCGUUUUACAGUAGAGUUAAUAUAUUCCAAUAAGUAUAUUUAAUAUAUUAACUAUUCUAAAGCUUUAAGCUGAUUAAUUGAUUAAUUUGCUGUAUUACAGUCCACUAUAUAACUAGAACUGAAGGUCUCUCAUCACUGUCCCUCUUUUACAUGCGUUUUUCGUGAUGCUCUGACUGUUAUUGCUUCACUGAUGCAGCUGAAUGUUUAUAUUGAUGAGCAUUUCUCUUCAGCAUUACUGGUUCAGCCUCCUCUGAAAGCCACAGCAUGAUCUUUACCGUUUAAAAAUGUUUUUCCCCCUUUUUUAGGAAGAUGGUAAAGUGUGAAAAUUGAAGCUCUCCUCUGGAACAGGCGUUUGCUUUCUCUGAGAUCUGAAUAUAAUGUACGAUUUUCUGUGAACAUUUUCAGUCAAUACAAUUUUCUGUCUUAAACCAA